AUCUCCGGAAAUCCAAUUUUUUCCACUUCGUGUUGGCGCUCUAUGACCGGCAGGGCCAGCCGGUGGAGAUCGAAAGGACGGCUUUUGUGGACUUUGUGGAGAAAGAGAAAGAGCCGAACAACGAGAAAACCAACAACGGCAUCCACUAUAAGCUGCAGUUACUGUACAGCAACGGGGUCAGAACGGAGCAGGAUCUGUAUGUCCGCCUCAUAGACUCAAUGACCAAACAGGCCAUCGUCUACGAGGGCCAGGACAAGAACCCCGAGAUGUGCCGCGUGCUGCUGACCCACGAGAUCAUGUGCAGCCGGUGCUGUGACAAGAAAAGCUGUGGGAACCGAAACGAAACGCCCUCCGACCCCGUCAUCAUCGACAGAUUCUUUCUAAAGUUUUUCCUCAAGUGUAAUCAAAACUGUCUGAAGAAUGCGGGCAACCCCCGGGACAUGCGGAGAUUCCAGGUGGUGGUGUCCACGACUGUCAAUGUGGACGGCCACGUGCUGGCCGUGUCCGACAACAUGUUUGUCCACAACAACUCCAAGCACGGGCGCCGUGCCCGCCGCCUGGACCCGUCAGAAGGUACGGCCCCUUCUUAUCUGGAGAAUGCUACUCCCUGCAUCAAAGCCAUCAGCCCCAGUGAGGGCUGGACCACCGGAGGGGCCACUGUCAUCAUCAUUGGGGACAACUUCUUCGACGGGCUGCAAGUGGUGUUUGGGACAAUGUUGGUGUGGAGUGAGCUGAUCACGCCCCACGCCAUCCGAGUCCAGACCCCCCCAAGGCACAUCCCGGGAGUCGUCGAGGUGACCCUGUCCUACAAGUCCAAGCAGUUCUGCAAAGGCGCCCCCGGCCGGUUCGUCUACACGGCGCUGAAUGAACCCACCAUAGAUUACGGCUUUCAGAGGUUGCAGAAAGUGAUCCCGAGACACCCCGGCGACCCUGAAAGGUUACCCAAGGAAGUGUUACUGAAGAGGGCAGCGGACCUGGUGGAAGCCUUAUAUGGGAUGCCUCACAACAACCAGGAGAUCAUCCUGAAGCGAGCGGCGGACAUCGCGGAAGCGUUGUACAGUGUCCCCCGCAACCACAACCAGAUCCCCACCUUGGGCAACACGCCCGCCCACACUGGCAUGAUGGGUGUGAACUCCUUCAGCAGCCAGCUCGCCGUCAAUGUCUCCGAGACAUCGCAAGCCAACGACCAAGUCGGCUACAGUCGCAAUACAAGCAGCGUGUCCCCGCGAGGCUACGUCCCCAGCAGCACCCCCCAGCAGUCUAAUUACAACACAGUCAGCACUAGCAUGAACGGAUAUGGAAGUGGCACCAUGGCCAAUCUAGGGGUCCCUGGCUCACCUGGAUUUCUUAACGGCUCCUCUGCUAACUCUCCCUACGGCAUAGUCCCGUCCAGCCCCACCAUGACCAUGGCAGCGUCUUCCGUCACCCUCCCUUCAAACUGUAGCGGUACGCACGGCAUUUUCUCAUUCUCACCUGCCAAUGUCAUCUCCGCAGUGAAACAAAAGAGCGCCUUCGCGCCCGUGGUCCGGCCCCAGGCCUCCCCUCCUCCUUCCUGCACCAGCGCCAACGGGAACGGGCUCCAAGGCUCUCGGCCGGGGGCUGCGGACUCAGUCGUGGCGAUGCCAAAGGGGCCCUAUGGUGAAGUCGGUGGCCUGGUUCACUUUGAUGAAGUAAUGCUCAAAAAAGGACCUAGAGAGCUAUGUCUGGGCUGGUAGUCCCACCAAUGUGAGGCCACUUGUGUUUACCUGCCGUAGCACCAGUCACGCGAAGACGGGCUUCGGGGACACGCCUAGGACAUUAAGACAUGCGGGAUGGACAGUGUCUUCAACUCAGCAGCAAUCUCGAUGCCACAGAGACUCUGUUUAAAGAUUUUAUUUAAAGUGCUCCCCACCGACCUGCGGACAGACUGACUGCUCACGAGCAAUUCCAUUUUCCCGACUGAACUCUUCCCACACGUUCACAUCUCUCGGUCCUGGCGGGCGGCGGCGGAGGAGAACAAAGCGGCGCCUAUUUUGUAUAAAGUUUCUGGCUCUGUCUCGUCUAGUACUUGCUAUGUGUUGGGAGAAGCGUUGUGAAUGCACCACUUGAUUCUCAUGAAACACUGGGGAAAAUGCUUCCAGACGUUUUUCCGUACUCAUCCUUAGAUUCACAAUGGUUGUGUAUCUCUAUAAUGUGAAAUAUUUUUUUUGUGGUGAAAAAGGGGCCAAGGAGGUAUAUGACCCAUCAGACUGGAAAAAAACACACAAAAACAACAAAAAAAAGGAUGGUCUUAUAUGAUUAGGAGA